GCCAGGAGACCUCAGCUUAGAGGUACCGAGUACUAGCGAACAGCGCUAAAGGUACAGCGAGGUCUUGCGUCAGCUGCCCACCAACGGCGCGCUGUGCGCUCUGGCCCGCAGUCCUUGGACAGCCUGGCACCGCCCCUGGCAGGUACCCAGCGGCAGCCGGCCUGUAGCCAGUACCUCUCCCGCCUGCCAGUUAUGCAGUUAUGCACACACGCUACCGGUUGUGUACCCCGCUCAUUCUUUUAUUCUAGCAUUCGUCGUGCUGCACCUCAUCUCGACCUCGCUGUCAAUGGUUUUUUUCGCCUCCGUAAUCUGAGGCAUGCGGCGACACCAUGUCCUCGUCCGACGGAACAGCAGCCGAUGCUUCAUGGGAACGGUCCGAUGGCCGAUCGCGGCCACCGCCAACUGUCAACACCAUCCGCCGCAUCCGCCAGGCCUGCACGAAUUGUCGGCAUCGCAAGACUAGAUGUUCCGGCGAGCGGCCCAGAUGCAUGAAUUGUCGACGAGUCGAUCGCGUCUGUCACUAUGAACCCUAUUCCGCCACCAAUCCCCCGAGCUCAGCUUCAGUUGCUGCGAACAAUGGCGCGGCAAAGGGCAAAUCACCGUCUUCUCUCUUUCCUCGCACCGGCGUUGUUGAUCCGGAGCUCCUGAAUAGGAUCAACACCAUCGAAUCACAACUGGCGCAACUGCACAGCCAAGGCUUGAUUGGCUUCCUGAAUGGCGAGAAUCAGAAUGGAUCGGUUGCUUUCCCAGAUCUCGCGGCCGCUACCAGCUACCAGGAAGUCUCGCCAAAGUUUACAGAGCCAUCACCUCCUCAGCAUCAAUAUCCGCCCUCCGUCUCCGAAACCGCAGACACCGUUCCUGAUAUGUCAAGUACAAUGAGAUUCACCACCGCACCGCCUCCCGCUGUCAUUGCUCACCUCAUUGAUGCAUAUUUUCUCCACGUCCACAACCAGCCAUAUUCAUACUUUCACGAGCAGAGCUUCCGAGAGAGGGUCAACUACGGCCUUAUACCAAAAUGCCUACUCUUCGCAAUUUUAGCCUCAGCCCUCAAAUUCUCAGAUUCCGAAUAUUUUCAGGGUUCCAUACGCGAGGCCACCGAGGCGUAUGCUAGAGAAGCCUGGUUGGCGAUCCUCCAUGAGCAUCUAACGGUCGAGAACAAUCCGACGCUACAGGUUGCCCAAGCUAGCAAUAUCCUCGGGGUGGUCGAUUUUACAUGUGGCCGUACUAGCUCGGGGUGGCUAAAGAUUGGCCUUGCUAUCCGCAUUGCGCAAGACUUACAGCUCAUGAAGGAACCGAAAAAUACACUGCCACCAAUUGAACAAGAAGAACAUCGGAGGGCUUUUUGGUCAAUAUAUCUGCUUGAUAAACUGGUCUCAGUCGGCCAAAGUCGCCCACCCGCCAUUGCCGAGGAGGAUAUCCAUGUCCAACUGCCCAGCGACGAGGAGACUCUCAGAAGGGGCAUCUGGAAGAAGACGCCCACACUCCAUCAGCUUAUCAACUGGAAAUCCGAGACGGAAUCAUCAGUCAACGGCACCUUUACGCAGACGAUCCUCGCCGCAACAGCACUGGGCCGAUGUUGUCGAUAUGUCUUGCACGGGCGUGAGAUGGACGAAAUGCCACCAUGGGAUCCUAGGUCUGACUUCACAUUAUUAAACACCUUUUUACUUCUAAUCGACCAUCAUCUCCAAGUGGAGACUCCUUCUAUUCCUCAAAUCGUAGAGCAAUAUCGCAGGCCAGAUGGUACCCUGGAUUUCCAGUCACUCGAGCAUGUUGUGUUUGCGCGCAUUGUAUUUCACACUGCCCACUGCCUCCUGAACCACCCAUUUCUUCUCCGGAUGAGGCUCCAGAAAUCAAACUGCAAGGUACCGCCGAAAUUUUUGACACGUUCUUUCCAAAUCAGCUGCAACCAUGCCCGAUCAAUAUCCAGCUUGGUGGAAGAUGCCAUUGCAUCUGGCUGCCACGUACAAUCCUCCUUUUACGCAUAUGCCUCCAUCCUUGCCGGCGGCAUUCUCUCUUUAGCUAUCCAUAUCGACCAAGAGAAGGGGCAGGUGACGGACCCAGAAACACUUAGCCACUACCAAAAGGCGAUUCAAAUACUAGAAAGGACAGGUAGGAGAUGGGAUCAUGCUUCGAAAAUGCAUCUUCAAUUAAUGCUAUUCGAUGCAAACUAUCAUUCUCUCGCUGCCCUAUUGGAUUCCCAAACUCCGGAAGUCGAUCCAAAAUUGGAAUCUGCCUUGUGGCUCAUGGUCGAUUAUGUAGCCAUGUCCGCACUGAACGAGACAGCACUAACACCACCUCCUUUAUCCACCGAUACGUUUUUAAGCCCGCUUAAUGCUCAAAUGGGCCUCGAGAAUAAUGAUGGGUUUACGGGCCUAGCUCCCGAUGCGAAUUCCGAUCCAAACGUUGCUUUUCUUGGUAACGGCGUACCUUUAUGAGAAACGCCUCUGCUUUUAUCUGAUUUAUAGCGAAUGAUGAAAUGACAUAGCAGCUACUUGUUGAUUUAGCAGUAUGAAUUAUGCACACGAUCUAUUUGGGAGAAAAAAAAUUGGCGACCGCGUAAUUGUAUAUUUGACAGUUGUGGAGAUGGCAAUAUACCAUUGAUAUAUAUAUACAAGCGAAUCUAUUAACCUCACCAUUGUUGCCACUUGCGCACGCUCUGUAUGCUGUUGUGUAUGUA